AAACCAUGAGAGACGUCAACGGAAACGAACUCGUGGAUGAAUAACAAGAAGAGGAGCGUUGACUGAGUGUACAUUAUGGAGACCUGAACAUGCAGGCCGUUGCUAGAGAGGCUUGAGGUGGUCCUAAGGUUUUUUAUUCCGGUAGACGACUACCGUUAUCCCAAAGAACAGCGACCUAAGCUGAAUAAGGUUCAAGAUUCCUCUCCAUGGAAUGCAUCCCAAUCCUUGAACCUGUGGACAAGCCAAAAGAAGAAUUAUGGUAUUCUCUGAUACCCACAGGAGGUGGUCCAGGUGUUACUGUUGGACACACCUGCACCUACCUUCCUGGCUCUGAGAAUGGCUCCAAAGGGAAAAUCCUCAUCGUCGGAGGAGCUAAUCCGAAUGGAAGCUUCUCUGAAUCACAUGUCAUAAAUCUAGACCGACAUGAAUGGGACAUCCCCGAAUGGGAGGGUCUGGAGGCCAGGUAUGAGCACUGUACCUUUGUCCCAGACACCUUCCCGCAGAGUGUGUGGGUGUUUGGAGGGGCACAGCCCCAAGGCAACCGCAACUGCAUCCAGAGCCUCCAGCUGACAGGCAGCAGUGAACACUGGAGGACCGUGUCGGUGAGCGGUGAGCCACCGAGUCCCAGGACGUAUCACACCAGCUCCGCCACAAUCGGGGACAAACUGUACGUCUUCUCCGGUGGGGAAGCGGGAGCCGCCCCGGUCUCUGACCCCAAACUCCAUGUGUUUGAUACAGUGUCUUCUUCCUGGUCCCAACCUGAAACGGGGGGUAAACCCCCAUCAGCCAGGCAUGGUCAGGUCAUCAUAGCAGUGGGUUCCAGGCUGUACAUCCAUGGAGGAAUGGCUGGGGAAAAAUUCUACAGUGACAUGUUCUCACUAGGCACAAGUAACAUGACUUGGGAAAAGAUACAAACCAAAGGGGAUAUCCCAGCUGGAGUGGCUGCCCAUUCGGCCGUGGCCCUGGGAAAUACCAUUUAUAUCUUCGGCGGGAUGACUCCAGAGGGAGCCAGUAACUCCAUGUACAAGUUUAAUACUGACAAAAGGCGAUGGGUGCUGAUGAAAUUUACCGGUGACCUGCCCCCAAACCGGUUGGACCACUCCAUGUGUGUUGUGCCAUGGACCGCGACGACUGAGGAGGCCGACCAUGGCAGCAGGGAGACCCAACACCUUGCCUUUAUAUUUGGAGGGAUGGACACCACUGGAGUCAUCCAUAGCGACUGUGUUGUGACCAUGUUGACGUGAUUCUGGCAUGUUCUACCAAAUAAUGCUAAAACUUGUAAUUUGUGUUGUAUUAAAAAAUGUUUAAUUUCUACAAUACGGUUACUGUAAUGGUUGCACAACCUGGAAUCACGGUUUAUUACACGCAACAAUUACACAGUUGUUACAAGUCACUAAAUUAACUUUGCAGAUUGGAAAAUAAAUCCCCACACACAGAAAUCCUAAAGAGGUAGAGUUCAACACCAACAUAUAGAUGUAAACUGAAGCAAUGAGGAAAAGGCAUCAACAUUGUAUCAAACAUUUAUUUCAAUGUCUUUCCAGUAGAAAGGCGUUUCUACAAUGACCAGAUUCAAUAAAUAACUUGUUAACA